AUGGAUUCAUUACGAUCUAUCAAUGAAGAAGAAACUACGAACCGAAAUCGGAUUCUUGUUGGCAUUCGCCUCAUGUUUAUUCGUAUUGGCGAAAUUGAUACAUUAAAUGAGAAAUAUCAAGCACAAGCAUCAAUCGAAGCUCGUUGGGUAGUUCCAUCAGUCAAUUUCUUUUCAACUCUUUCGCCUCUUGAUCAAGAUGCUUUCAAUCGAGGAAAAUCUGUAUCUCUUAUCAAAUAUACCGAGACAAAUUGGCACCCUCAAUUGUUCAUCGAAAAUGCUCUGGGUGAUUUGAAAGAACAAAUAAGAUACACUGCAAGAAAAACAUCAAAUGAUCAAGCCUGCAUAUGUGAACAUCGUGAUAUUAAAGGACUUUUUUGGGAAAAACUUGAAUUGAAUCAUUUUCCAUCUGAUAUUCAAGAAUUAUCAGUUUCUGUUGGUUCAAUGUUCUAUAAUGACAGAGUACUAUUAAUGCCGGAUCCAUAUUAUCGUAGUGGAGUAAAUCAUGAAGCAUUCGUUGACCAACAAGAAUGGAAAUUAUAUCAACAUGUAAAUGUACAACAACGUUUUGUUCGAGAAUUUUUUGAAAGUAUUGGCGACGACGAAUAUGAUGACAUUAACUCAAAUGAAGGACGCAAACGUUCACUUGUGUCUGUAUCGUGUCAUGUAGCACGUCGUUCUGGUUAUUUUUAUUGGAAUGGUUACUGCUUGAUUUUUCUUAUUACUAUUUUUGGCUUUUGCAUCUUUUCAAUACCGGCCAAUCUCACGCCAAAUCUUCUUGCUAUUGGAGCUACUCUACUUCUAACUUCAAUCACUUUUCGUUGGACAGUGAAUCGAUCUCUUGUAAGUAGAAAUUGUAUUCUGGAACAUAGCUAG